AUGUCGCGCUUCUUAGCAAGACAUGGAGAUUUGUCAUAUCAAGCUAAAAAUGCUAGUGGCAGAAGAAAGGGUUAUAUGGAAAUCAUGAAAGAGCUUUGGGAAGAGAAAGGAUAUGCUUCACUUGGCUAUACUGCUCAAAACCUACGAGACAAAGCUGCUCAAGUCCUUAAGACUACAGAAAGAACAUUUUCAAAUAGCCGCACAAAUGAUGUGAAUGAGACAUCUGUAAACUAUUUCGAGAAUGAAGAGUCCGAUUUGGCUCAUAAUUUAAACAACCAACGAUGUGAAAUUCAUUCAACAGAAGUACGAACAGAGGCCGAAAACGUCAACGAAGUUAAUGUAAACACAACAGAUGAAGUAAAUAAUAUAAACGACCCGCCUCCUUCCGUCGGUUUGCCUACAUCGACAUACGCUACUUUUCAAUGGGGAGAUCUCUGAUCCCAGUUGGUAUAGACGAUUAGGGUAACACACAAUGGAAAUCAACUAAAGAAAUUCUUUUGGAUAAACAUCCGCACGGACGUACGCCAAGCGUUGAUAUACUUUUGCAGGAUACGAAGCAGAGUCAUUUUGAUCCAAUCUUAUAUAACAGAAUUACCAGUGACACAAUUAGAGAUGCAGCCAAUAAGAUCCAGGGCUCCGCUGGUCUGUCAAGCAUUGAUGCACAUCUAUGGCAUCGCUUUUGCUUGUCAUAUAAAAUGGCCUCAUCGGACUUGUGUAAUGCACUUGCAGGAGUCGCUAGACGGUUGUGCACCAAGUCAGUUCACCCCGAAGGUUUGUCAGCUUUCGUGGCAUGUAGGCUCAUCCCCUUGGAUAAGGAUCCUGGAAUACGCCCCAUAUGUAUAGGCGAAGUGCCUAGGCAUAUUAUAGCCAAGGCAAUACUUAGAGUGGUUCGAGACGUCAAAGAAGCGGUGGGUCCGUUGCAAACAUGUGCAGGUUUCGAGGCAGGCUGUGAAGCAGCUGUUCAUGCUCUAAAUCAUAUAUGGGAUUCAGAAGACACUGAAGGAAUGCUUCUUGUUGAUGCUACUAAUGCCUUUAACACUCUAAAUCGUAAGGCAGUGCUACAUAACAUCCAAGCCACUUGUCCAGUUAGAAUGUUUGUGACAGGAGGAGGUGAAAUUUCAUCAAUGGAAGGAACGACACAAGGAGACCUGUUGGCCAUGGCAAUGCAUGCAUUAGCUAUUAGUCCUCUGAUUAACAGCUUAAAUGAGAAAGCACCAAAUGCAAGUCAGGUGUGGUUUGCAGAUGAUUCCAAUGCUGCAGGAAGACUCGAAGCGCUUAGGGACUGGUGGCAACAUCUAGCUGAUAUUGGCCCAGAAUAUGGGUAUUUUCCAAAUGGUAGCAAGACAACUAUGGUUGUAAAAGAAGAAUGCCUUGAUUGAGCAAAGGAACUAUUUGAAAACACUGGCAUUACAAUCACCACUGAUGGUCAUAAAAUGCUUGGUGCUGCAUGUGGUAAACGUCCUUUUGUGGAAGAAUAUGUGGCAGACAAGAUAAAAGAAUGGGAUGAAGAAAUCAUAAGAUAGCCGAAUCAUAUCCUCAUGCUGCACAUACUGCACAUCCUCGCGUAAUUAUUGGGAAAUGGCAAUAUCUUAUGCGGACAGUUUGUGAUGUUGGUGAAAUGUUUCAAGUAUCGGAGAACAGAAUUGCAAACAACUUUAUUCCAGCUUUAACCGGCAGAGAACCUUGCUCCAACGAAGAAAGAAAGCACUGCCAACACGUCAUGGCGAUCUCAAUCUUCCUAACCCUGUUGAUCUUGCCAAAAUAAGCCAAACAAUGUCUUAUGAAAGACUACAAGUACAUGAAAUAAAGGCAGAGCUACGACAACAAAAGAAUGAGUUCCACCAACAGUUAGCCUCGGAUGUUCGGAAAACUUUGUCACCACAAAAGCAACGGAUCAUGGAUUUACUGAAGGAAAAGGUUCAUCAUCAUGGUUAUCUGCGCUACCUUUGA